GUAUAAAUAAGGCACCGACGCAUAGGGUAGAGAUGAGAGCGUCUGGUCGGGACCGUCCCACCAGAGCUAGGCAGAGCCACAAAGAGAAGAGAAGCAACUGUACCACACCACAGGGAGAGUCGGAGGGAUCCGAUUGAAUCGAAUAGCAUCGAAUCCAUACAGAGAGAGACUCGGAGACAGAAGAAAUGGCAUCGACCGGUGGCGGAAGGUACAUGGCCUACUCGCCCUCGCCCUCUCCCUCCGCUCCACCUUCUCCUCAUCUAUCCGGGCUCCGUUCCGCCUCCUCCGUCGCCGCCGCCCUCGUCGACCAAGAAAAAUAUCUGUCGGAGCUACUGGCAGAGCGUCACAAGCUUACUCCCUUUCUGCCUGUGCUCCCACAUGCCUGUCGCUUGUUAAACCAGGAAUUAUUGCGUGUAACCACACUGUUGGGGAAUGCAUCAGUUUUAGGUCAAAGUGGGCUUGAACAUGCUAGCCCCCUGGCUUCUGGAGGAAUAUUUUCCAAUGGAGGUGCCGAUUUGAACGGAUGGCCAUCACGGUUCCAAUCAGAAAUGUCGGGUUUAUUACAGCCCUCAUCGGCACAAAACUGGCUGAGUUCUCAAGGUAGCUCAUCUGGUCUUAUAGCUAAAAGAACCAUGAGAGUGGAUAUCCCUGUCGAGAAAUACCCUAAUUACAACUUUGUUGGGCGUCUCCUUGGUCCUAGGGGAAACUCUCUUAAGCGAGUGGAAGCAAGUACUGAGUGCCGUGUUCUGAUCAGAGGGCGUGGUAGCAUUAAAGAUCCAACUAGGGAGGAGAUGAUGAGAGGAAAACCGGGGUAUGAACAUUUGAAUGGACCUCUCCAUAUUUUAGUUGAGGCAGAACUACCAGUUGAAAUAGUUGAUGCACGACUGAUGCAAGCACGUGAGAUACUUGAAGAUUUGCUGAAACCUAUGGAUGAAACCCAUGAUUUCUAUAAGAAACAACAGCUACGGGAGCUCGCAAUGCUCAAUGGUACACUUCGCGACGAGGGUUCUCCUAUGGCUGGUUCGGUUUCCCCCUUCCACAACAGCCUUGGUAUGAAGAGGGCCAAGACUAGGGGCUAAUGGACCCCCAUUCUUAGAGGGCUUUUGGAGCUUGUGCGUUAGUUUCUGGAAGUAAACAGCAGUUCCCAUUCUGCAGGUGUUGCAGUCCCAGCCAAUGCCUCCAACUGCCAUCGGGGCACUGGCACCAUUAUGUGCUAGUUCUAACUUGUUUCUAUAUGGAGUGUGUUUCUGUUAGGGGAAAGCUUAAUGACCGUGUCGCUUAGUAAAGGACCGUAUUGAGUGCAGGGGGUAUGCUUAUGUGUGUUGCAUUAGGCAGUUUGGUCUGGACAUUCCCCUUCCAAACCUGUCUUUGUUUAUUAGGUUAUAGUAUAUAUAUAAGCUUGUGAUGAAGUUUUGUUUGUGGUGAUGGGCGUCUCUGGUGAGAAUGUUAAGGUAUGGUUUGCAUACAAGUGAGGCAAACAAUGAUCUACCCUGUUGCUUGGUUUCUGGGUUGGAAUGUUUUGUAUUUAUCUAGUAUAGUACCUAGAUUUGAUGGAAAGCAUUCUUUGUUAUAUGCUAGUGGACGUUUUAGUAGCUUUUACUUCC